AUGUCCACCGCCGUGUGGCCGCCCAUCGAUGACGAUCGUCUUGCUCGGGAGCAGGCGGCGUCGCAAGCCCGCGAGCUCGAGUGGCUGUUGGUGCAGCUGGGUGAGACGCUACAGUCGCUGAAAGCAGGUCUAGAAGAGUGCGCUGCCCUGCUUGCGCCCUCUGAGAAUGCUUCGACGCUUGUGCUAUCCUCUGUACGCUCUGAGAGCCUCAAAGGGCUCGUUACGCGCAUCGGUACUCGCAUCACCAAAGGCAACAUCAAGCUACGCCUUGCAAGCCUCCCACCGCCCAAAGGCUCUCUGACCUACGACCUUACCAUCUCUUCUGCACCACACGCCCCUACACUCGUCGUGCCUCAGCUUAUUUCAAUACGCACGUCCAUCAAUAGCUGCUUAGAUGCCAUUGACGUUGCGACAUGGGGAGGAGAUGCUACCAAUGCCAACUUCGUCGCCGGCCAGCUGCAGUUGCUACAUGAUCACAUAAUCGAGGCCCAAGCAUCACUCAAGGGUCACUCGGAUGUGCAGGUGCCAUGGUGGGAAAAUGCGGUAGAUGAAAAGACCUUCGAACCCCCUCUACCACCUACUGUCUCCUUUCACUUGUUCGUCUUCGAUGCAGCUCUCGUUCUCGAAAUCCGUACUCUCGAGCCACAUCAGGCCGGCGACAGCUCAUCGCUCACCGGAUUCAGCCUUCGCAACACUUUCGCAUCAGCCCUCGGUGCUACACGAGCCCCUGCGCAUGAUGAGGCUGACCGCACAUUCAAAUAUAAAGACCAAGACGUCCGCGUAAAAGAGAAGAUACGAGUUGAGAGCCAAGAUCCAGCCCUCAUCUCCGCCUCGGCAAAGCUCAACGCCCUUGGACACAGCCUGAUGCUGAGCCGAAAAGCGCUCAACAUUGUCAUGGGUCGUGACGAGCAGAUUGACUAA